AUGAAAGUCAUUUGGGCCACGUGUCAACACCAGAGAGCCCCUACAUGCCCUUUUUCCCACCCUGCAGUGUUUUCCAUUCUUUAUCUUCUUCUUUUGUCUGCUUCUCAAUUCAGAUUUCAUUUCCCUCUUCUCUCUCUUCUCUCUGGCGAUUCAAAUGACGAUUCAAAAACCAGAUCUGCGAUUUCAGGGUCCUCCACAUCUUCUAAUCUUCUCUGGCGAUUCAAAAACCAGAGUAAGCAUAUUUUGGAUACGAUUGUUGAGACUCUGUUGAAGGAUGAAAGGAGGAAGUUUAUUUGGGAAGAGAUGUCGUAUUUGGAGAGGUGGUGGCGGGAUGCUCCGAAUGCGAAAAAGGAGGCUUUGGUUCGGUUGCUGCAGAAUGGACAGUUGGAGAUAGUUGGUGGUGGUUGGGUGAUGAAUGAUGAGGCCAAUUCACAUUAUUUUGCCAUCAUUGAACAGGUAUGUGAUUGGUCAACAACUGUGGAUCCAACAUAAAUGUUGAAAUAUAUAUUGAUGAUUGUUGAU